GCACUCACUGCACGAGGCUCGAGUUCGCGUGAGAGCCAUCGGUCGCCUCGUGGAUCAAGCGAUGCUCUCUCACCAGCAAGCCAUGCAGGCCCUUCAAACUGCCACUUUUCUGAAAGCUUCCGGAAGCUCGGAAGAAGAUUGUUCAAAGCUUGAGAAACCUGAAAGGCCAGAGGGACCUGGGGAAUUGGUAACUUCGCAGAGCCAAGAUGGCUUGGCGAACUUCGCUUGCAAUGGGAGAAUAAAUCUCGAGGUUGCAAGGGAUUGUAGUGUUGGUGCGGAGGGUCAGAGCAGCGGGAGAAGAGAUUGUGAUGGUGGGAAGACAGUAGCCUGGCUCUCAGAUACGGAGAAGUGUGCAAUUUUGGAGCAGGAGAAGGCGGUUGGCGAAGUGCUUGCAAAGGUGGACGAGCAGCUGCAGCAGCUGCAUGGCAUACUGAAGAGCAUCACGUGCGUUUGCAACAAGGCGAGCAAUGCCCUUCCACCAAAAUGGUUUGAGGAAGGAUCUGAGGACUUACGGGGAGGAGGUGGAGGAGGGGGAGAAGCAGUUAUUGCUGCUGCUGCAGCGGCUGCGGCUGCGGCAGUUGCGGGUAGUAUUGGAAACAAGGUUCGGUUAGUGUUAGUGGAGGAUGUUGUAACGAGGAUGCAGGAGCAGCAGAGGCAGCAGAAGCAAGUGGAAGACAUGACAGGAAUGGAAGAUAGAGAUACUCAUAGCAGCAGCCAGAGGCACGAGCUGUUGCAUGAACAGCAGCAAGGGCAGCAGCAAGAGCAGAUUGCAGCAGCAGAAGUGGGUCAAUUGAAAGAGGAGCUGGGGAGUGUGAGUGACGGCAGUCUGAAGCUAGCAGCCGAAGUGAACACGCAGAGAAGCCGGGUAGACGAGAACGAGAAGGCAACAGCCCAUCUGAUGCUUCAGUCCUUCCCCAUCGCCCUGCAAAAAGCCUGCCUCGACUUCACACCCUACCCCACCGUUUCAGACCGGGAUAUAUCCCUCUUCAUCCGCGCUCUCUCCAUUCUUCACCCUUCCAUCGUCCCCACCAUCUCCAAACUCAUUUUCGGGCAAGAGGGUGCCAAGUCAGCUUGCAAAGCCAUCACAGGAAAAUUUCUUCUGCCCGGGGCAGGCGUGCUUCAGUUUGACAGCCUGACCGGGAACUUGAAAGAGCUCCACAUGGCAGGAUGCACAGGGGUCUCUCCUGGCAUCUGCCUCCUCCCUCUCAUCUACUAA